AUGGCGUCUCUCGAUCAGGUUCAAGCAGUGGAGUCCAUCAUUCAACACAGUUUCAACAACAAAGUCUACCCUCGUCAAGCCCUGACUGCUGCAGGUGUGGAAAAUGACAAUCAUGAGGGUAAUAGACAGCUAGCACAGGUUGGUGCCUCCUGGGUUGACACGGUACUCAACAUAGUUUUCAUGCGCUUGGGUAUAAGCAAAGAGCACAAGGCAAAGCUGAGACUGGAGCUUACGAAGAAGGACCACCUUGUUCUUGCUGCUAAGCGAAGUGGGAUCAGCAAGUGUAUCAAGUACUCUUGCCGAUCGGGGUUCGAAUCAACGGCGGUGCUCCGCAAUACAAUAAAUGCAAUCGUUGCAGCUGUCCUUCUCGAUACUAACGGGAGUAUUCCGGUGACACUAUUUGUUCUGUCGCGCAUCUUCGUGACGCCUGAUACCCAAUAUCUCGAAGCUGGCUCAGAGACAAUUGUGGAAGCUGUAUCUGCUGUCAGGGCCGCUGCCCUGACUGCAAGAAUCGAUUUUUCUGGUGUACUGACGCCCCCGGCCAUCGAAUCUUUACCAAUUGAUCUAUCAUCACAAACUAUGGUCGAUCCAGAACAGCGUCCAAUGUUUAUUCUUCCUAUUCAUAGCAGCCCGUAUACCCCGGUUCCUCCAUUGUUUGGUUGCGACGAUCCUUUUGCGACGAUCGUUCCUACCCUAGGCAUCACAAGUGAACCCAAUAUCUUACCCAACUUCCACCAGCAGCCUGAAUACCCAGAUCAUGUCUUCCAGAUAAACCCUCUCCUUGGUGGUAUCACAGUUGAAGAGCAGCCAAGUGUUAGUAUUGACCCCCCGAGUGGACCUGAAUACGCUACAUUUCCAGUACCACCUGUCAUCCCAUACGAAGCGCCGAGCUCAAGUACCACUAAGCCUAAGAGGCCUAGUGAAACCGAGAGAAACGACAAACAAAAGAGGAAGCGUGUAAAAAGUACACAACUCCUUCGUCUUGACCCUGAGCUCAAAGAUUUCCUGGCCAACGAGAAGACGAAAUGCGAACAGCAAGGCUUGCGGCCUCCAGAGGUCACAUACUGUACACCUGAGAUUCAGGAACAGUUGAUGAAUCCGGAGAAGAAGUUGUGUGAGGCUUUCAUACGUCUGGUAAUAAAUAUUGCAAGUCCCCAUACAAUACUUGCGCUAGGUCGGGUGAUACAAAGGGCAAGAAAGAAUGACAGUUUUCGAUCAUGUUGUCUACGAGACACUAUCCCGAGCCAUAGGUUCCGUUUGAUUGAGCGCCUAGAGCAAGAGGCUGGCAUUAUUCAGAUUAUGAGUUGGUACCAUAUUCUUGAACUGUUCCGAGAUUGUGGUGGUCAUAAUACUGUCUCUAGUACUGGCUAUGUUCAUUGCACAGCGGACACGUUCCAGAAGCCUGGGAGGAUUAUGGGAAAUCCGAGAAAUAUGGACGAGCAUAAAGUCGCCCAAACCAUGAUGGCGGAAAUCUUUCCAGAUUUGAAACCGGAUACAGAGGAUUAUCAAAGCCAACUAAAACGAUUCAACCGGCUACGGAAAGUCGGCAAGCGUCUUCACAUAUUGACAGAGACCUUCGGCCAGGGAAUUCUCGGACUCAUUCUGGACAACACUUCAGAUGGUCGGCUUGAUCGCUAUAUGUCAGAUAUCAUGUUCUGGAAGCCCACGGAAGAAGAGUUCCGUCUCUUUAUCCGACUUCUCAACAAGUCGCAAGGCGAGCUUCUCCGUCGGUUCAGUAAGCCCGCUUGGGCCAUUCUAGAGCCCGUUCUCUACGGUAGGCUGGCGGAAAUGGGGAUAUUUCACAUAGAGCAAAUGUGCCCCAACGAGAUUUUAAAGUAUCCCAAGGGCGCUCCGGGGCUAUUGGCUUGUAUUCAAUGA